UAUAUUUAACCUAAACCUAAGGACAUACAAAGUUUUAAGUAAAAUCUAGAAUACAAAAAUGAGAAUAGACAAAGCUGCUGGGUUGUUUUCAUCUUUAACAGGCUGUUGUCUGACUUUUGUGUUAUAGCUGCGCAUUUCAGGAAAGAGAAGAGGUUUCCCCAUGGUAGUGCUGUUGCAGCUCUUGUAUUUGGAACUAACUUAUGUGAGAUAGGAGCUUUUCAAAGGCUUGAUCUUGAAGAUGUCAUCUUGCCUUUAUGAAUGCCUUUGUGAGGCAGAGCUUGAAAAAUAUUAUCCUCAUUUUGCUGCCUAUGGUCUGCAGAAGAUUGAUGAGCUUGCCAAGAUUUCCAUGAAAGAUUAUACCAAACUGGGGGUCCACGACAUGAAUGAUCGCAAACGACUCUUUCAGCUCAUUAGAAUAAUCAAAAUUAUGCAAGAAGAGGAAGCUGUAAGAGACUUAAGCAAGCAGGAUUUUCAACCAAGUGGCCUUUUCAUUCAACCGCAGGUGACCAGACCAGGUCCCCGCAGACAGCUGCGUUUUGAGUCCCUCCUCGAGGAGAACAACGGCACAGUUAAAGAGUCACAAUCAGAGUCGUAUGGUUCAUCUGAUUUCAUUGCCAAGGAAGAGAAGGACAGUCUCGUGGACAUGCUCGGACACAUUCAACCACAUGAUUCAGACCUGGCCAGAUUAACUGUAAGAGAUGUAAAUACAAAAACGGAACUGAACUGUGCAGCAGUUUCUGAUGAUAUUGUUCCUCUCCUGGGGGAUUCUGAAACUCCCAUCAUACAGAGAGUAACUCAUAUUUCAGGGUAUAAUUAUGGACUACCUCAUUCCUAUGUCAGAUCCAGUACUUCUGAUAAAGAGACUCCGUGGACAGAGAGUGAAAAAAUCCGAGUGUGUGUCCGAAAACGUCCUCUGGGCCAAAGAGAGGAGAGACGUGGAGAGGUUAAUAUCAUCACAGUGAAAGAUAAAGAGACCUUACUUCUUCAUGAGAAGAAGGAGGCAGUUGAUCUCACCCAAUAUAUUUUACAGCAUGUUUUUUACUUUGAUGAAGUCUUUGGGGAGUCAUGUACCAAUCAAGAUGUGUAUAUGAAGACAGCUCAUCCUCUGAUUCAGCAUAUUUUUAGCGGAGGCAAUGCAACCUGCUUUGCAUAUGGGCAGACGGGUGCUGGCAAGACGUUCACAAUGAUAGGUACUCAGCGGAACCCAGGACUCUAUGCCUUGGCUGCCAAGGACAUCUUCAGACACCUGGAAGCAUCACCAUCAAGGAAGGAUCACCUUGUUAUGAUCAGUUUUUAUGAGAUCUACUGUGGACAGCUUUAUGACCUGCUAAACGGAAGGAAGAGGCUUUUUGCAAGAGAAGAUAGCAAGCAUGUUGUUCAAAUAGUUGGGCUGCGGGAGGUCCAGGUGGAUUCUGUAGACCUACUGUUGGAGGUGAUUUUAAAGGGAGGAAAGGAACGUAGCACGGGAGCUACCGGAGUCAACUCGGAUUCCUCUCGAUCUCAUGCUAUCAUCCAAAUCCAAAUUAAAGACACAGCCAACAGGACAUUUGGGAGGAUAUCAUUCAUUGAUCUGGCUGGCAGUGAAAGGGCAGCUGAUGCCAGAGACUCGGAUCGACAAACAAAAAUGGAAGGAGCAGAAAUAAACCAAAGUCUUUUAGCACUAAAGGAAUGCAUUCGGGCCUUGGAUCAGGAGCAUGCACAUACACCUUUCCGACAAAGCAAGUUAACUCAGGUCCUAAAGGAUUCUUUCAUUGGCAAUUCCAAGACCUGCAUGAUAGCCAAUGUAUCACCUAGCCACAUAGCUACAGAGCAUACCCUGAACACUUUGCGAUAUGCUGACAGGGUCAAAGAGUUGAAGAAGGGGAUUAAAUGUUCUACACCUGUCACAAACAGACGUCGGACAGCUGGAAACGUAUCUCCAAAACGAGUCCAAAACUCUCCCUCUUUGCCACCUGGAGAAAAAAGCUCUCCAAAGAAAGUGAAGCUAGGCUUCCACCAUUCUUCAGGUGCUACAAAAACAAAGAUUUGCCCUCCAGCACUCCAGCCACUUAGUGGCCCUUUGACCUCUACACCCAAGGGAGUCAGCAAAGGACAUGUCUACAAAGGAAAUUCCGGCUCACUGUGGUUCCAUCACAGUAGUCCAAUUAAGGGAGUCCUACGGUUAGGACAUCAGUUGAAGAAGAAAACUGAUGAUCUGUCUUCUUGCUCUGAGAAGAGCCACGUUGCAAAGGAUUUUAUCAUCAAAAAUGCUGCCACAGCAGAAACAAAAGAAGGUCUCCAAAGAGACAGAUACAUGCAAGACAAAGCACCUGCCCAGUGCCUAAAAGUCCAGACUGUGCAACCUGUGCAGAAACAGUUUGCUUCUAGAGAUGAUUUUUCCCUUGGAGAUGGAAAUCUGCCUUCUGACAGCAGGCAAGAAUGGGGGCACACCUUUGCUAAACAGUAUGUUGAAGCAUGGACAAAUCUGCCUCCAUUUCAGAAAGAAAGGGAGGAGCAUUUACGCCUCUAUCACCAGCAAUUUCAGCAGCCACCUAUUCUGCAGCAAAAACAGAGCUACCAACCUCUUGAGAGGUUUUUGACACAAUACAAGCCCCAGGAGAUUCAAGUGAAGCAGGAGCUAAGUCCUACUGCCACUGAAGCACAGUGCAAAGAGGAGAUGCAGCUGGAAGAUCUCGAUGACAGUGAUUUCAGUGAAGAUUCUUUCUCACCUGUCUGCAGUCAAAAGAAUGUAAAAAGAAGAAACAGCAACAAGUGCAGUCAGCAUUCUUUUUUCCUCCAUCAAAGAGAACAAGGAACUGAGGAAGAGCAAAAAGGCCAAAAGCGACAAGACUUAUUUUUUAAGUAUGCAAUACCCACACAAGAAAAUGAAAUAGAUGACAGCUGGGAUUCUAGUGAGGGCAGACCAAAGAUGGAGGAAUCCAUUAAGAAUGCAGGUUGCAGCAAAACUCCAUCUGACUGGAGCUAUGACUUAGCUGUUGGGCUGUCUUCGAGCAACACUGCAGAGAAACCUUACUGCUUACAAGACGAUCCUGCUUGUAACUGGAAUAAAAGCAAAGACUUCCUAGCAGAUCAUAAGCAGUACAAAUCCAAACUCAGAUGUCUGUCUUACUCCACUGAAGAUACCUCGACUCCAGAAAAGGGUCUUUCAAACCCAUACGUUUCUCCUAUAUUGAAAUUGGUAGCUCCAGAACGCAAACAGAUUCUCCUCCAGCAGGAGAAAGAGGAAUCCACUUUGGAUGGACAGGAUGUUACAGGAGAUAUUAAGUGGAAAAGUCGAAAGAAUGAUGUUAACCAUUGCAGAUCUUCCAGUUGUUCCUCAGAAUUCAGUUCUGAGCUAAUGGCCCCUCUUGUUCCAUCUCUUCUUGACUAUGAGGAAGGAACUGAUACAGAGAAUGUUUCUUCUAAACGAGUAAAGCCUCCUCAUGUGAAACAGAUGUUGGGCAGGAAAGUGCACAGUUCCCAGAUAAGGUUUGAGGAGGAGACCUGGCAGUGCACAAGGAACAGAGCUCUAACAGACAGCAUGCUGGAACUGAGGGAGCAAGCACGUCGUGGUGCGAGACACUGCAUCCUGCAGCAUUCCCCACAAGCAGGGGACAGGUGGCUCUCACCCACCUGCUGUGGUGUGAAGCCGUGCUGCUGCCAUCAGGCCUCAGGUUCAUCAAAUCAAGGAGUUCUUCACAGUUUUGUUGUUGGAAAUGACCUGACAGAAACAUCCACAGCUGAAUCCACAGAAGCCAGGGAAGAGAGAGAGGGUGCUUUGUUUCUCCAUAGCAAAAGGUGCAAAGAAUACUCAGAUGGCAGACAGUGUGAUGUUGAUGUCAAUGAGAACACUGGUAGUUCAGGAAAAUCUGACUCAAGUCAAAGACCAAAUGUUAAGUCUCAGAAAAUAAACACUGAGCUAACUGAGAAGAGCUAUUUUUCAGGUGCAUCGUGCUUCCUAACAGGGGGCAAUACAGAUUAUGCAGUCCAGUCCCCCUCUCAGGAAUGCGGCCUCUUGCAGCCCACGUCAGGACUGAGAAAUGGGGACUUGACUUGUUCUGAAGACUCAGCUAAGUCAUCAUUCAGCAGUGAGGAAAUAGGGUUGCUUAAGAGCAAAUCGGUGCAGACUAUUUUUACCCAAGAAACUUUUGCUCUAGAUCCAAGAUCUGCAACCAAAGUUACUAAGCCAUUAGCAAAUGCAGACAGCCCAUCGAGCAGCAACACAGGCUCUCCAAGUGCUGUAUCAGAAGUGGGAAAACUGCACAAGGAGGUCCUAGAAAAGGCACAACAGGCUAUGAUUCAGGCCCAUCGGCAGCAGCUGGAUGAAAUGGCAUCCUUGUGCUUCAAGGAAGAACACUUGAUAAAUCAGAUGUCAGGAACGGAUUUUCAGAAUUUCAUCGUUAAGCUAGAUGAAAUCUUGGUACUGAAGUCAAAGUGUAUCCAAACCAUGAGAGCUCAACUUCAGAUCUAUUUAUCUGAUUCUUCUAGUCCUGACACAUCUCUGCAAACGUCUCCACCGGUUUAGACCUUCCUUUCUUACGUAUGCACAAGAACAGCACCAGAACAGUUUUGGACCCAGCCAGUGUUUCACUGCAGCUGGUGCUGCAGGGUGUACGUGGGUAGGGGAUUGCUUUUAGUUUGAUGUUUGUGAUUGGUGUGCAAUUUAGAUAAGGUUGGAGAAAAUUCUCAGUAAAUGAAAGGUGACUACUUGGCUUGACUACCGCAAGGAUUCUAUUUCUUUAACACCCGACAAUGAGCUGCACCCUUCCUAUAUGUGACGUUCAGCAGCCUGUAAAGAUCUCACCAAGCAGCUGGCAGUCCUGUACACAGUAUUCAGAGCUUCUUGUGUAAGAGGCACUUCUAUUCGGCCAUGAAAAUUGGAGAGAAAGGAAAAAAACACACAGCAUUUUGAAGCAAGGUACAAGUAGAAAUGUUCAAAAGCUAUCCAGAAAAGUACUUGCAAACAGAAGUGAGGAAACAGAGAGAAGGCACUGGUAAAGGAUACCAAAGGAACAAGUCCAAAAUUAAAUGAAAAUCAAGGCAGGACAAGAAGUACCGGUCCCUUCAGAAGAAUGACUAUUUGAGCAUUUGUUCUUUGCUUGGGACUAAUGCUCCAUAACUUCUAGAAGUCACUUAAGUCAGAGCCAACAAUUGGUCAAGUAGAAGGCUUAUGUACAUGGGACUUCAUCCUGUAGGUCAUCUAGCAUGUUACUAAGCUCUUGAAUUUCACACUGGUGCUAACAGUAAGGAUCCAAAGCUUACUGUCUGCAUGCUGUCUGAUCUCUGCGUGACAGCUCAGCCAGAGUGUGCAUGGUCUGGGUUGACAGUUGAUUUUUCACAUCAGAAGAGUCCAGUUAUAGGUGGUGGGAUUUAAGAGGCUAACAGUGCUGUUGGGGCACGAAGCUGAUGUUUUAGUCAAGAACAACCAAACGAACAGUUGGAACCCUGCAGGAUCCCUGCUGCCACGUGUGCAUCAUGGUUGAGUCACACAACCCCUCUUGCUGAAGCCACAAUUGACCUUGAAAUGUGCUAGUGUAAACAAGAAUGUGCAAGCGCUCUCAUUGCAAAAUUUGGGCUGCCACAGCAUAAUUGGCCACCUCAGUGUUUCCUCAGUUAUGCCUGUAAUAGAUCAAAGUUUGCUCAGUGCAUAAAUGCCAAUGGUUAGGAAAACUGCUCUCUGACCAGCUGUGAAUGUUGCUGCUUGCUUCUGCAGCUACCCAGAGGAGCCUGGGAGUUGCAGAGCAACAGCUACAGCAAUAGCAGUUACUCAGUUAUCUGGAUUGCAUAUUUGCUGCAAGCAUUCCCAGGAACAUCACACAGCAUAGCACUGGGUAGCAGAAGUGGAGGGGAAGGAUUACAACUGUAAUUGAGGAAGAAGGUCUUACAUUAGUGCCCUGAUCUAUUGGGAUUAUGGUGUAUGCAUGGAAGAGUCUCCAUCUUGCAAGUGAGAAUGCUGUGUGGAGCAGAGAAUGGAGCCCCUGCAGGGCCUGAGUUGAUGUUGGCCUUCAGGAUGGUUCCAUAUCUUAGGUCUUAGGCUACCAGCAUAUCACACCUGAAAUGAGGUCUCCCAGUCCUGUUUUAGGAAGCCUUCUUUCCUCAGAGAAAUGAGGCAUUCAGGAGCAAGAUUCUUCAGUCUCAGUAUCUCAUGUCCUCCUGGAGACAGGGCUAGCUUCCCUGUACGUAAGGUAAGGAGAACACAAGGCAGCUAGGCAGUCCUUACACCUUCUGAAAGUAAAAACAGAUGCAAGCAAUUACAGUAGUUCCCACUGUUCUCAGCAAACACACAAAAUGAGGCCGUCACAGAGCUGCCUUACUUUUGCAAAUAAGUUUGAAGAGGAAUGUGGGAAUGCAGGAUGUGUCACAGGUCAGAAGAAAAUGAGAGGUCCUGCAGCAAUGUAAUGCUAGCUGGUAGAGGGGGGAAAACUUUCCCUCCAUGUACUUUGGCACCUGGGACAUGAGGAUCAAUUAAGUGUACUUUAACCCAGUAGGGAACUGCUUUUUAAAGACCAACUCAGCAAAAACAUGUUCAGAGUCUUAGCCAAGCUGGGCAUUCAUAACGCGACACAUAAGAGCCAUUCACACAGCAUGAUGUGGCACGUCCUAACCUCAGUAUUUUCAGAGGUGGUUGUAACAAGACAGAGGAGUGGGAAAAAUUCCCACAAGUGAAAGAAAAGUGGCAUUUUCUCCGUUAUUAAAACUGAGCCACCUGUGCAGCAGGCCUACUCUGGAAAACAAGCAAGUCUGGCAAAUCUGAGCACCAGUAUAAGUCCUCAGAACAGGAACUACUUGUUCAAUGCAGAAACAGCCAGGAAUGCUAUAAAAAUAUGUAGCAAUUAAAAGUCUUUUUAAAACUGAAGCCAUCUAGCUAAUCCAUGAGGUUAACAAUUAUAUUGAACCAGGUGCAGUCUAUUCACAGUUUAUAUUCCCUGCUGGACAUGAGACUCUGCUAAAAUUAAAAAUUAAAAAAGCAACCCUAACUGCAAAAACUCACUUCUCUUCAGCAAUAACAGGGCUGCUGCCAUGCUUGAAGUGCUGCAUGCCUGUGAGACACCAAAACUGGGCUCGCAGUUUGCAAAAGAAACGACAGGAGCAGUUACAGAAAAUGGUACCGUUCUCCUCUCCACCCUCAGGUUAUUACUUGGAUGCUGCUUUAACCCAUGUGAGUGUGCUACCAGUGCCAGUGUCACCCCCUCCAGCUGUUUGAUACUGCACUGACACCUGAUAUGAAUGGUUUUCAUUUCAACUUGAAGAAUGUAUAUGAUUUUUGUUACAGCAGGUUGUGUGUUUUUUGCUAAGAUUUUGAGAGCCUGACCGCAUACAAUCCAAUAAAUACUGAGUAAGGCGGAAUCACUUUUGUAUGCAAGUAAAAGAAAGACUAUUAAUGCUAUGCAGAUGCUUGAUAUUUUAUUUGAAUAAUUUACAUCAUUUAAAAUAAAAUUCAGUUUACUACAGAA